AUGGGCAGCGCCCACCCUCACCCCUGGCUGCGGCUCCCACCCCGGCCCCAGCCGCGGCCUGAGCUCUGGGCGCUCCUGUUCUUCCUACUGCUGCUGGCUGCCGCUGUGCCCAGGUCAGCACCCAACGACAUCCUGGGCCUCCGCCUACCCCCAGAGCCUGUGCUCAACGCCAACACAGUGUGCCUGACAUUGCCCGGCCUGAGCCGGCGGCAGAUGGAGGUGUGCGUGCGUCACCCUGACGUGGCCGCCUCUGCUAUCCAGGGCAUCCAGAUCGCCAUCCACGAGUGCCAGCAUCAGUUCCGGGACCAGCGCUGGAACUGUUCCAGCCUGGAGACUCGGAACAAAGUCCCCUACGAGAGUCCCAUCUUCAGUAGAGGUUUUCGAGAGAGUGCUUUCGCCUACGCCAUAGCAGCUGCCGGAGUGGUGCACGCAGUGUCCAAUGCAUGCGCCUUGGGUAAACUACAGGCUUGCGGUUGCGACGCCUCCAGGCGUGGGGACGAAGAAGCCUUCCGUCGGAAGCUGCACCGCCUGCAGCUGGACGCGCUGCAGCGCGGUAAGGGCCUGAGCCACGGGGUCCCAGAACACCCUGCUCUGCCCCCUGCCAGCCCAGGCCUGCAGGACUCCUGGGAGUGGGGUGGCUGCAGCCCGGAUGUGGGCUUCGGAGAACGCUUCUCCAAGGACUUUCUGGACUCCCGGGAGCCUCACAGAGACAUUCACGCACGCAUGAGACUCCACAACAACCGUGUUGGCAGGCAGGCGGUGAUGGAGAACAUGCGGCGAAAGUGCAAGUGCCAUGGCACCUCAGGCAGCUGCCAGCUCAAGACGUGCUGGCAGGUGACGCCGGAGUUUCGUGCCGUGGGGGCGCUGCUGCGCAACCGCUUCCACCGCGCCACGCUCAUCCGGCCGCACAACCGCAACGGUGGCCAGCUGGAGCCCGGCCCCGCGGGGGCACCCUCUCCAGCUCCCGGCACUCCAGGGCUGCGCCGAAGGGCCAGCCACUCCGACCUGGUCUACUUCGAGAAAUCGCCCGACUUCUGUGAGCGCGAGCCUCGCCUGGACUCGGCGGGCACUGUGGGCCGCCUGUGCAACAAGAGCAGCUCCGGCCCGGACGGCUGCGGCAGCAUGUGCUGUGGCCGCGGCCACAACAUCCUGCGCCAGACGCGCAGUGAGCGCUGCCACUGCCGUUUCCACUGGUGCUGCUUCGUGGUCUGCGAAGAAUGCCGAAUCACCGAGUGGGUCAGCGUCUGCAAGUGAGCGGGCCCGGGUUCCUCUGGGUCUCAGGAAAGGUUCGCCACCUGGCGCCUGGCUUCUGCUGCUAGCGACUGUCUCGGCCAGGCAGCAGCAUCCUUUGGCUCCUGAGAGAGGUGGUUGGCUCUUCCUGCUCUCAGGAUCUGCAAUCAGCAGACAGUCUAGACCCGACUGACACCCACUCUGUGGGUUCCCCUCUUCCGGCUCAGGCUCCUAGUUCGGACAGCUGGGAGUGAUGUUGGAGACUGCCCCACACCCUAGGACAUGUCACCAAAACAGCCCAGCCUGGCAGGCCUAUCUCCUGUCAUCUUUUCUCCCCUUCCCCAGGAGCAGCAGGCAGUGCACUGAAGCUGAUGGGUACCGGGCGGACGGAAGAAGACUAAAGAAGACUAAAAUGAAGAAACAGACAUAAUCAGGCUGAAGCGAUUCUACAAAGGCCCCCAGAUACUCUCCUGCGAAGGCUUCUGCUCCUACCAUUCAUUUAACAGAUAUUUAUUUUGCACUCUCUUUGUGGCACUCUCUGGGGAAAGAGAAGCCUUCUGGAGUUUACAGGCUUACUAAGGGAAGUGGACAAUAAACCAGUAA